CAAAAAGCAGCUGCUAGUAGCGAUUCACCUUCCAGCAGAACAACUCAACGAACUUUGCGCUGCAUAACGAAACUGGACUGGCCUGAGCGAGCAUCAAUUCUACCCAUUCUGAUUUAGCAUUCUACUGGUAGUGACAGUGAUUAGCCGAACUUUGCCAGUCCGAAAUGUCGAAAAAGUUGUUGAAGUUUCAAAUUAUCCUGGACCGGGAGUCGGUGCUUUAUCUGCCGGGUCAAGUGCUGGCCGGAAGAGUGCUGCUGGAGACCCAAGAAAAUACAGCUGUUCUGGGCCUGUACUUCCAUGUGCUUGGGGAAUCGACGGUUCACAUCCCGACUCGGGGUCCUCGGCUUCGGGAUGACACCUACGACAAGGAAAACUAUAUCGACUUCCGCAUGAAGCUACUGGACGAUUUUGAUGGCAAACCAAUUCUACUGUCACCCGGCGUUCACUGUUUCCCCUUCAAACUGGGACUUCCGGUUUCACUUCCCUCGACCUUCAUUGGACAGCACGGAUGGAUCCAGUACUAUUGCAAAACAAGUUUGAGGGAAUCAUCCGGAAUCACCCACAAGAAUCAGCAGGUGUUCCUGGUUCUGAACCCGAUUGAUUUGAAUUUGGAGGAUCCAAUAUUGAGUGAUCCACUGGAGGCAAGUGUCAAUCAUCGGGUUGGAGUCGGCGUUCUUGGCGGCACAGUCCGGUGCAAUGUUGGACUGGAUCGACGAGCAUAUGUUCCAGGGGAGAAUAUUUUACUUACCGGCGAAACUUACAAUCGGAGCAACGUUACCAUCAAAUCUGUUAAAUAUGCUUUGGUGGAGACCAUCCAGUACUUCGCCCAUGGAAAGCUGAUGCAUCAGGAGCGCCGAGAACUGGCCUCGGUCGUACGGAAUCGCAUCAAGUCCGGAAGCCGGGAUGUGCUGCAGAACGCUCAUCUGGUGGUUCCGCCGCUUCCCCCCACAAAUCUGCUCGGCUGUCAUCUGAUACGGAUCCAAUAUAGUGUCUGUAUUCUGAUUGAACCGAACCUGAUGGAGCGACAGGUAGCACUCCGUGUUCCGAUCACUUUGGGCACAUAUCCGUUUCGGCGGCUGAGCGAUAAGGACGAGGACGACGAGGACAAUCUGCAGCACUGGGUGGAAAAUUACGUCCACUAUCCGGCUACCCUACCCGUUUCGAGGGCUUUGACGGCCGGUGGAGAGGGACAGUAGCUGCUAGUUAACAACGUAGUUACGAGGAAAUUCGAUUCUAUCAGCUUGUUCCACCCUCGUCAUAAAGUGUUUGCUGAUGGACCACGCGAUGGUAGCAAGCAAACUAGGAGCGCUGCUCUAUGACGAAUCUUAUCAUUUGAGAAGUGAGCAGCGAUGGAACAGUGAUCAUUUGGAAAAGAUAUAAAAAAAUGUUUAUUAACAAAUCUAACGAACACACAGAAAGCACCUCUAAGUCACAUUUUUUGAAACUUCAUUGUCAGGAAAUUAAAAUUAACCACCUGUGAAAAAUCGGUUUGUCCCACUGUGCCCACUUCUGCACGAGUCAACGAGAAAACUACCCUUCCAAUUUCCCAGGGGUAAGAAAAUGCGAUACUAACAAGGCUUUAACAAGAUUUAACAGAUAAAAUCAAUAAAGAUUAGUGCACACGCUA